AUGCCUAUCUUCCAAGCCGAUUUAGACAAUCACGAACCCGAACCUGAACCUAUCGAGCCAUCCCCGAUUAACGUGCCUUCUUCUGGACUGAGACGCCUUUCAGAAGAAAGCAUCCGAACUGAAUUAUGUGAAGGACCCGUCCCGGACAGUCCUCUACGGUCUAAAACUCCCCAAAAGGUCGAAGGUGCCGAGAACGCAAUAUCGGAUCGAGCUUCAUUAAUCGAAAGACUCAAGAGAGCACAAUCUCCUCCAAUAUGGAUCCCACAUCAACAUCUUGAGUCUGUCAUUCACCACCAAACUUCCGAUAUCGAGUCAAAGCACCCUCAGACACCCGCCGAGCCUUCGAUGUUGCUUGCACCUGCCCAAAUAACGCCCGAAAAGAACGAUUCUCACUCCGAUUUCGACAACAGAUUGCGCGAUGGCCUCAAUAUCGAGAGACCGAGAUCGGCACUACACAGCGGUAACUUCUCCGAGGAGGAAGCAGCAGCCAAGGACCGUACUACAACAGCCGCUAGAGCGCAUAAUGGUCGAUGUCCUGUACCAGCAGAAACUCCAUGGAUCGCAACUUCUCCUCCUCGACAUUAUACGCCGUUCCAGCACGAUAAAGGAGUUCCCUUUCCAGCAAGUGCCGAGAGUUUCCGAUUCACGAACUCACCUUUGUCUUCGUCUUUGUCCUCCAGCUUUGUAUACAAGCCGCCUACCAGUCCUCUAGUACAAGCUCAGAGCUCCGAAGAGCACGACAUGUCUUUGCCAAGAGAUCCAUUUAGUUUCAUCGGAUACGUUGGGACGAGCCACUACAUGCCACAGUCUACAGCUUCAUCACUAUGGAUGUCUUCCUCGCCGAAAUACACACUGCCUCAACGAGUAUCUUCCUAUCGCCGAGAAGCAUUUCCAUAUCAGGCACACCAACCUCGAAGAUCAUUGACUUCAACUCCAAGCUUUAUGCAACCCGGCGCAUCGCCACCAACACCAGCACUUCUUCGACCGCGCAGGUCAUCUGUAGCAGCAGAGGCAUCGCCACUGCAGCAUGCAUCCAUGGUUGGCUCUUACGAAGAGAGUAUUCUUCGCGGCCGCAUGUCUACGACUCCUUCUAAGCCACUGGAUUUUGUCGCACAAAUCGGCGUUCUGGGUAAGGGCAAAUGCAAGUCCAGCUUGAAGUGUCCACGACAUGUCAGCCUCUCAUUCCCAGCUGUAUACUACAGCUACAGCAACACAUCACAUGGACGUUCAAAUGCGGAUGAUGGCCCGAGCCCGUAUGUCGGUCAAAUCGACCUUGAGAAUGGACUUUCUAACCCAGAUGAUGAACAUCGAGCAAAGAAGAAAGCACAGAGCCGCGCAGAAAGGCGACCCACAGAAGACAUGAUGGAUAUUAGCCUCGAGAAUCAGGCCCCUGAGCAUAUCUCACGUCGAAACUCCCGGGCCAGUCGCCGAUCCGGAUCUGGAUUUGCAAAAGCCCCUCCAGGUGGAAGCUAUCGACUUCCAGAAAAGGGACAAAUUCAGAUCAUCAUCAAAAAUCCAAACAAGACUGCCGUCAAACUAUUUCUGAUCCCCUAUGAUCUGACAGGCAUGGAGCCAGGAACAAAGACGUUCGUGCGCCAGCGCAGCUACUCAGCUGGGCCCAUCAUCGACAACGCCCCUGCCACGGCCGAGGCAAACACAGAUGGCCGUCCUAUUCUGAGAUAUCUUGCUCACCUUCACAUUUGCUGUCCUGCCAAAGGUCGAUAUUAUCUUUACAAGAGCAUCCGGAUUGUCUUUGCAAAUCGUGUCCCCGAUGGCAAGGAAAAACUCAGAAACGAGACGACGUGGCCGGAGCCUCGAUAUACGCCUUAUAAACCUAUUCGCGUGAUGCAUCCGCCCUUACCUACGCAGUCUGGUCCCGCUGCUAUGCUAGCCGUGGACAAGGCGUCGCGCAGACGAAGCGUGGGCUUCUUCCAAGGCUCAUCUCACAAUCUCGACAUUAUGGGCAAUAUGUUCCGCGUUAACGAUUCUCCUUCUGGAGGCUCUGCUGGUGGCAAUACUUUACCUGUGGAUCCAAUUCCCUUCUAUAUUUCUGCUCAUGCUCGAACAAGCAGCGAUAUCAGCAACAGCACAAACACUACUGCUGCUCCUGGCAACGAUGGCCGUUAUCCUGGCGAGUCUCCGGCUAGUCGUCCUUCGACCAAGGAUUCGAAUAAUGAUCAGUCAGUGGGGCCCGCGCUCUAUGAGAAACUCAACAAAGGUGAGCCGGGAUAUGGCGGCAAUGCCUUUGCUCUUAAUAGAUCGGGUUCACUAGGCGGUGCGGAGGGUUUACUCUCUCAGCGCUUGCGUUCACUAGGGGUCAAGCAGCCUACACCCCCGGAAACACCUCGUCGGGAUGGCAUGUCUCCCUAG